UUGGAAAAAAGUAACCCAGAAUUAUGAGUGAAUCAGCUCGAAAAUCUGCGACUGCAGCAGAAUGUGGCGAGAAAGAAGACGAUGAAUCUAUGGAAAAGCUGCACAUUGACGAUGAAGACGAAAAGAACGUUUCGGCUGAAGAUAUUUUGGGUGGCAAAACUUUGAUAAUGUCGGAUAGCGAAAAUGAAGAAGAGAUGCCUGCUGAGUCAGCAUCAGCAGGUAAACAAAUAGCACCCAAAAACAGAACACAAACUCUGCUGGACAGCGAUCAGGAGGAUGAAGACGAUGAUCAGCAGGCCAAGACGGAGGUGAAAAUGGCAGUGGCUUCAAAACCUAGGAAAAAAAUAUCGGCAAUUAUUGACUCGGACAGUGAGCAAGAGGAGGAGCAAGAUGAGAAGACAGGUCGGGAGGAGGAGAAAAAGGAAUAUAGCGAGACUGAAGAGGAAGAAUAUAAGUCCAAGCCAAAGAAAAAAAUAUCGGCUAUUAUUGACACAGACAGCGAGGACGAUGAAGAGAAGAAACAAGAGAUGGAGGCUAAUCUAAAGAAAAAGGUGAAGAAGCAGGAAAAGAAGAUGAAGAAGACACAACGUUUGGAAAGCAGUAGUGAGGAAAGUAGUGAAGAUGAAAAACCCAACGAUACAGGUAGAGAGCAAAAUAAGCUCAAAGGCAUCGUCGAUUCUGAAUCCGAGUCCGAGGAGCACAGCUUAACUGUCGACAAAGGGACAACUGACCCCUCUACAGACAAGCCAAACAUAUCGGUACCCAAGCGUGCCUCAGCUAAGAAAGCUCUGGACGGAAUUCAGGCCUUACAAAGCGAGCAGCAGCGACUGCAUCGGGAGGCACACAUUAGUGUACCCUAUCAUCAGCCUAAGCCGCGCACGCUGAAGGAGUUCCUUGGUCGACGCACGAUAAAUAGGCCGCUGGCCAUGGCUCUGGCCGGUGGUAGUCCGAUGCCCAACAAGAAAGAGUCGCAAAGAUCGUUGGGUCUUCGAAUGACCAGCGAAGAGCUGCAGGCAUACGCCAAGCUGAUGGAUGAGCGUGCCAAAGAGGCCACAGAGUUUUUCAAAUCUGAAUCCGAGCAUGAUGAAGACAGCGGUGAAGAGAAUACAACAGAAGAGCCAGAGGAACCAAGAGAGCCAACAAAAGUGAUGCAAGAAGUUGUAGAGGACUCUUUAGACCUGCCAGAAGCAGAGCCAACAAUUGAGAUUGACAUGGCAUCUACUAAAGAUGAAUCUGCACAAGAGAUUGAACCCAUAACUGAGCUGGUUUCGCCCUCAAAAGCAAUGCUUGUCACUGAAGUUGUGGAGCUGCCCAAAUUAGAUUUGAGUGCAUUAAACAUUACGCCACCUUCGAAGCCAACAACACCACGCAUUAGCGAAGCUAUUCGACGCCUAAGGGACGAGAAGAGCAGCGAUAUGAGUCCGUCGUUGAAGGGAGAUGCUAACAUGGUCAUUGAUCUGGAAACCGGUGACAUGUUUGCCAAAAAAACAACUGGCGUCGAUGAUCUACUGCAACGCUUGAUGAAGACCCGCGAGGCCAAGAAACACAAGACGACGGACACUGUGAACAUUUUAUCCACUGCACAUGGCAAGUUAGAGCUGUCCAAGGUGAGCAUACAUCUGCACGAGGAUGAGCCCGUUAACAAGGAACAGAAGCCAGGCGCUGCCUUCAUCAAAAUGCAGGAGGAUCUCAAAACGUUGAUCAAUAAAAAACGUAUGGAUGAGCUGCGUAAGAAGCAAGCUGAUGAAAUGGAAGCUGAAGCAGCUGAAGACGAGGACAUGGAUGUCGAUGAAGAAUAUGAACCAGAUGAUAAGCCAUGCAAAAGUCAAGUUAUCAUUAACGAGGAUGAGGAAAUAGUGGAUAGAGAGAUUGAUGAGAAUGCCGGAGAGGAUAAUGAAUCAGAGGGAGAAAUAAACGAAGCUUGUGAAGCAGAGCUGGAAGCAGAUUCAGCAGGAGAGGCAGAGGAAGCAGAGGCAGACAGCAGCAGCGACAGUGAGCAGGAGAGCGAACCCGAACCCGACAAUACACAGACGGGCAAGCGUAAGAACCGCAUUAUACGCGCCUUCCAGGACGACAAUUCCGAUGAGGAUGACGAUGUCGACUUGCUGCAGACACCCAAGCCAAGCAAAGUGGCGCCAAUGACGGCCACCCAACUGCAAUUAUCCGCCCACAAGUUAUUCGAUACGGAGAUGGAACGCACGGCGAGCGAUGAGGAGAACGAACUGCUCGGCUUGUGCUCCGGCAGGUUUACGCAAUCGGAGGUGUCAUCAAUAGCACCAACCACGAUUGGAGCACUCAUAAGUCAAAUACCUAUAACACAAGCAACACCCCAAACUCAGGCACCCGAUGAAUUGGAGGCGUUGUGUUCGGGCAAAUUUGAAACGCAGCCGGAGCCGGAAACAAAUAAAAUAUUGUCCAGCGAUGAAGAGCCGCCGGCAGAAGAACUGGAGACGGAGAAGCCGCGAAAGAAAAAGUUGACCAAGAAACGACAGAAGAAGAAAGCCAAAUUGGGUUUCUCUGAUGAUGAAGAAAGUGAUGAAGAUGCAGAUGACCUUGAGGAUGAGGAGCAAUUAGAGGGUAGCGAACUGGAAGAGCCAGCAGUCGAAGUACCCGAAGCAUUCGUUGACUAUGACUCCGAGGAGAAUGAAAUCGUUGUCGAAAUGACAAAAAAAGAUCGCAAGUUGCGUGCAGCGAACUUUGUAGAGAAAGAAGCCGAACUAUCUGAAUCCGAAUGGGGUUCGGCGGAUGAGGAUGAAAAGAAUAUGGACGCAUACGACUUUGAACUGGGCGACGAGGAUCAAUUUGAUCGCGAGAAAUUGCGUCACGAACUGGGACAGAUUCAUGCCCGUAAAAUGCUUGAUCAGGAUAUAAGAGAGGUGCGCAAGAUUAAGGAUAUGCUCUUCGAGGAUGAUGAAGGUGCAGUGCGUCAGCGUCAGUUUCGAUGGAAAAAUGCUGAAAAUGAUUUGGGUUUUAGCCUGGAUGAUUCUCGACUUGAGAAGGGCGAUGGCGAAGCCAACGAGGGCAGCGGCGACGAGGAGAACGAGCAUCUCUGGCGCAAAGUUCGCUACGAGCGAGAGCAAUUGCUGCUGGAGAAGGGUCUAAAGAGGGAAACAACUGGCACCGCUUCUCCUCUCUCACCAGCUGUGGCAAAUAGCAACACGACUGGUGGCACAGUGCGCAAGCUGACCAUUAUAACGGCCAAGAAGACAACGAUGGAGAUGAAAAAGAAUUCGCCAUUUUUGAUCUCAAAGAGCGUAAACUCCGCCCAACAGCAGCAACAGCAACGAGCUGUGCGUGGCUCAUUCUUAGUGCGGGACAAGGAGACACUCAAUAAACUUGCAGGCAUGACAAAAGGCGCUGCUGGCGACGUGGACGGAACAGCGGGCACUGUUUCCGUUAAUACGGCCCGGGCCAAAAACUUUGUGUUCGCCACGCUAACGGAGGAGGAGCAUGAGACUCAAAAACGCAAAGCUGCUGAUUUGUUAAACAGCAGCAGCGAGACUGGCGUCAAUUUGAUGAAAAAACCACGUUUGGAGCCACGACGGGAUAAGUGCCUUAUAGAUCAGUUGCUUUAGUUGCUGUGUGCGCAAUCCAUUUUAUUUUUAAAAUACAUUUUUUAAGUUAAGCAUAAGUAUUUUUUAAAAAAGAUUAACCUACUAAUUGCUGUUUAAUUUUAAUAAAAAUUUAAGUUAGGCACAUUUUGCUUCUAUUCGAAUUAUUUCUAAAAAGAUUUAAUAUUUGUUUAUAAUUGUUAAUAUUAUGAAAGUUGCCAUUUUAAAUGCGAAUAGAUAAUUUUGAUGGACGUUUUGCCAUUAUCAGAA